CUCUCUGCCUAGUAUCUUGUUUUUGUUUUGUUGGCAAACACAAGUGGAAGAGAAAAUUUUCAAUUUACAGACAGAUAAAAAGGUAUUAUCGGUCUCAAAACUGUCAAAUCAUGGAUACAGAUGCCUUAGUAGUUGAUGCAGAGAAGACACAUAUUUGCCGCACCAGCGGAGACGGCAUGGAGCAGACUGAAAUAUCGCCCACAACGAAAAUAGAACAACAACAACAACAGACAACAGUCGGAUUGCAAAAUGUAAAUAAAAUAAAGCGACCGCAAUUGUCGCGCAAGGACAGCACUGUAGUGCAAGAAGCGGCUAUUGAGCGAAAGACAUCGGUAAGCAGUUGCAGCUCAUCCUCUCAGCCUUUACCCUUGCCUGGUCUACACACGCUCUACCGGCGGCCAGAAGUUGUCAGUCGGAGUUUGGCGCCCGCAUUGCCAAAGGGGGAACUUGUACAGCUGAAGCCAAGGCUGGUUAACACCUCGGAACCUCUGCCGGAACACAAGAAGACCAAGCCACCGAAAUUCGUGCCUUAUGAACCAUACCCGGGUGCCGUGAAUCCCAUGACACCUUCACAGCAAACGACAAUGCAUAAAGUUCAGCGAGUUAGCAAAAAUAAUUUGGAUAUUGCCGUUCUGGCGGAUCAGGUAUCCACGCUGCGAACCCAGGAAAUGGAUCUGGGCGACCCGAAUACAAAGCACUCGGAAAAUGCCGAAAGCAAUAGCAACAGUGCCAGCACUGAGGAACUGCAGCGAUUGAAGCAGGAGCUGAAUAAAAUGCGAGAGGAACGCGAUCACUUUCAGGCGCAAUACAAAUUCCAGACGCAGGUCAAUGGAGAGCUUAAAAGCCUGUUGGUGGCAUCCGUUGGGGAGGAUCUUCAGACGCGGGUCAAUGUCCUUACGGAGGAUAAGCUACAGUUGGCACGCGCCUUACUCGAUACGGCCAACAAUUUGACGACACACACCGAACAAAUUGAAUUCUUGGCUGGCCAAUGCGAGGUGUGGCGAUCCAAGUUUCUGGCUAGUAGUGUCAUGGUCGAGGAGCUGGCGCGCUGGAAAGCCGAUCUAACCCAGAAGAAUCAAAUGCUUACCGAAUCUACCAAACAAUUGUUGCAUGCAACACAUCAAAUACGCGAAAUCCAACUGGAUAUUCUGAAGCAAUUAAAGUUCCUGGCCAAAAUACGUUAUCUGAAUCUACCUGCCACGGAUGUAAUCAGCUUGAGUGCGGAGAACUUGAAUAUACUGCAGCGCAUGGUGUUGCACUCAGGUGUAGGGAUACCCGAGACGUCUCUCAAGCUGUCCAGCGCCACAACAAGUCCACUCUGUGAGGCAGAAAAAUACGCCGUACAGGCCCUGGAGUUCAUUAGCCAACCACUUAUGGCUACGGAUGAAGCUAUACGUGCACUCUUCGGACAGGUGCAAAGACCACAUUACAUGCCAGUAGCCGAAUCAGAGACAAUUGCUCCAAGUCAACGAGAGAAUCAAUAGCAAUAAUCAAAUUUAAUGCAAUAUUUAAAGUUAACAACCAACAUACAUAAAUGCAAUUGUAAUAAAUAGUUUUAUAUAA